AAGGGCAGCAAGGAUCACGAUACUGCCAGUCAGAACUCCUCAAUAAUCAAGGGUGGAAGAGAGGAAGGAGCUGCUUCCCGGCUAAAACUCUAAACUACAACUUCUAUGAGAGGAGCAGGAGGGAGGAGUUGAAUUAAAGGGACUCAUUGGGAGCCUCCUCUACUUACAGUAUGAGGAAGUGACGCUUUUAGUGAGCCCCAGAGAGAAAGGAGCAAAGUUUUGUUUGUUGUUUCCUCUUCGUCCCCCCUUCUCGGAGUAGCAGACCUGGGAACAGAGCUAGUGCCUUUAGCUUCCAAGCAGAGGCAGAAUAUCCCAGAAACAACAUUCUGCAGAACCAUCUUGCUACUGGAGCACUGUAGAUUACUUGUGAUUAUUGACAUUUUUUCUGCAGUGACUAGGGUGCCGUGACUGCAUACAAGAGGGGAAAUCUGUGAGCUCAGCCGAUGAGUCAGAACCAUGCAAUCCUGACACUGCAUCGUGGGACUGGAGGUGAGAGAGAAUCAAAAACAGGAGCUGUAGAUUUCAGCCAAGUACAGUGCAGGACUUCGCUUUGCUUGUGCACAGAAGGGGAGCUGAGUAGUGACCACUUCGUGGGAUAUUCUUGAUUGCAAGAGAACUUCCUGCUUCUUUCCUGGAAGCCCAGAGGAGCGGUUCUGGAAAACACUUUUUUGUCGUCUCCUGGGAAGUGAAGCAAAAAGAGAGAGAGGAAUCGCCCCGUUACAUAAUUCUGACUGUGUCUGUCUCAUAUUAGGACGAGGCAUUGUGAUCAAGUAGACUCCAGCAUCCUCUGAACUGCAGACAAGAAGAGCAGAAAGAAGAAAGGGAAAGGCGCACAGAGGAAAAGGAGGUGGAGGCACUUCCAUUUGGAUUUGUACGGAACUGGAACUGGAUGGGGAAGUGAACUGUUUGGUGUCUUUUCUUCCCCCAGUCUUUGAGAUGGGUGGGUUGUAAAUCUGUGUGUGUAACUGGGAAUAGACUGAACCAUGAAUCUUCAGGCUCAACAAAAGUCUUCAAACAAGAGGGCUGGGAAACGGAUUGCAUAUUUUAAUGAGCAGGAUGUAGCUGUGCCAUCGAAAGAACUGCAACAGCAGCUGAAGGAAGGACAGUACUAUGGACAUGGAGGGGAAAUACCUGCUUCACAAACUAUGGAGCUUUCUAAAGCAGGGGGUUUAACUGGUGCUCCCAACAAUGUUGCCUUGAUGAACUCCGUUGUUUAUACUCAAGAUAGGGGGGAUUCCAUGAUGAUGUCUCAGCAGCUGGCUGCUGUCAAAUGGCAGAACUCAUUGAUGGGGAGCAGGUUGCCUGAGAGGAUUGAUUCCAGUUGGCAGCCUUCACCUGCGGCAUGGAACCACAGUGUGGUCUAUGGGGGCAAUCAGAAAGGGGUCCACCACAGUGCCAGUGCCCCAGGUUUUUAUGGCCAUCCUGAAGCUCUGAAAAGAAGCCAGGAAAAAGAAAUGGAGGUGCCGCAGCUAGAAAUAUAUGGAGAUGCUGCUGUUCAGCAGAUGAUGGCCCAGAAGAUUCAGCUGGAACAACAAGCACUGAUGAGACAGCAAGCUCAAAUGAAUUCGUAUCACCAGAUGCAGAAGCAGCAACAGCAGAAUCAGACUCUACCUUUACAGCCUUUCCAGCUUGCAUUCGGUCACCAAGGCCAGAAGCAAGGCCUUCCUGAAUUGUUACAUGUCUUUCAACAAGCCCCAGCUUCCUCCAACCCAGUCUUUACUACGCAGCAGAAACAACAGUCUCUUCCUCAGCUGCAACUGUUUGAAAACUUCUACCCACAACAGCAGCAACAGGCCACCACGCAAGCCUUCAACCUCCAGCAAGCUGCUUCUAUAGCACAGCCCCAUGUGGCAGCAACAGCACCCCAGCAUCAUAUGGUGGCCCACCAGUACCAGCAACCGGAGAGGAACCAGGAACUCUUGAAAGCCCUAACAGAGCAAAACCAACAGACUGUGCUACCUCAGACCCAGAUACCCUUUCCAAGGAGAUCAAGGAGACUCUCCAAGGAAGGUAUUUUGCCAUCCGCUUCUUCAGGAGAAAUAUUGGCUUCUAAACCAGUAGAGGAACAAGCUAGCAAUCUGUUCCUGCAUCACUGGCAACCACAGCAGCAAGGACUCCAGUUUCAGCAUGAGACUGAAGCUCUGGGCCACAACAAGGGUAGCUAUCCACAGCCCACGAGAACACCCCUGGGACAAAAGGAGACCCUGAGUAGUAAUGAGUUGAACCAGCCUGACACAGAGAGGCCGGCCACAUCCUAUAAUAGCAGAGAUGGGGAGAAGCAAGUGGCAAUGACCGAAGAAACCACUCAGAGAACUAAUGACUUUGUGGGGGUGAGAGGUGGUGUGAUCCAGAGCACCCGAAGAAAACGGUGUGUUUCUCAAGAGGCCAACCUUCUAACUCUGGCACAAAAGGCUGUUGAGCUGGCUUCUCUUCAAAAUGACAAGGAAUUGGAUACUUCAGAAGAGAAGAAGAAUGUGGUGGCUGCAGCACCUGCAGCAGCCAAAAGUGUUUUGGAAUUUGCCAGUUCUCCACAAGCCUCCAAGAGACCCCGGGAAGAUAGCAGCCUUGUUCCUCUAAUCAUGCCUGUGUCUGUGCCCGUGAGGAAAUUCGAUUUGCAAGCUAUUGGGAAGGAAAAGGGUGAGGAAGGGAAACUCCAGAGGGUGCUGGCAAAUGAUCGAGGUCUUUGUGAACGCAAGCCCUCUGUGAUAGUCACCCGAAGAAGAUCCAAUCGCAGCUCCAACAUGGAAACCUCAGUCCAGCAUGAAGAUGCUGUUCCAAAGGAGGAAUCAGAGGGCUUUUCCCGGAAACCAAAGCAGCGCCCAAGACCUGAGCCACUCUUCAUACCACCGAAAGCAGGCACCUUCAUUGUCCCUCCAGUCUAUUCCAGCAUCACUCCAUAUCAGAGCCACUUACGCUCACCUGUGCGCCUUGCAGAUCACCCUUCAGAUAGGAACUUUGAGCUACCUCCUUACACACCUCCACCAAUUCUCAGCCCAGUGAGAGAAGGGUCUGGGCUGUAUUUCAAUGCUAUUCUCUCUGCUAGUGGUCACUCAAUUCCACCUCCAAUGACCCCUAAAAGUACUCACAGGACUCUGCUCAGAUCUAAUAGUUCAGAAGUCACCCCUCCCAUCCUUUCAGUAAUGGGGGAGGCCACUCCAGUCAGCAUUGAACCGCGAAUCAAUGUGGGAUCCCGGUUUCAAGCAGAAAUCCCUGUGCUCCAAGACAGAUCUUUGGCAUCAGCUGACAAGCACAAGGCAGACAUGGUGUGGCAGCCAUGGGGGGACCUGGAAAUCAACAAAGCUACUCAAGAGAAUGUGGAAAAUCUGCUAACUGCUGCCUGUUCAAGUAUUUUUCCUGGGGCUGGUACCAAUCAGGAGCUGGCGCUGCAUGUCUUGUAUGAAGCAAAGGGAAACAUUCUGGCUACUUUGACCAAAUUGUUGCUGAAGAGGCCAAUGCGAUCGCCACACCACCCACUGGCAGACUAUCACUACACAGGAUCAGACAGGUGGAAAGUUGAUGAGAAGAAACUUUUCAACAAAGGCAUUGCAAUCUACAAGAAAGACUUUUUCCUGGUCCAGAAACUUAUAAAAACCAAGACGGUGGCCCAGUGUGUAGAGUUUUACUACACAUACAAAAAACAAGUGAAAAUUGGUCGGAAUGGGACCUUAAUUUUUGGGGACAUUGAUGCCACUAAUGAGAAGUCUAUGAAGGAUGAAGCUGAGGUUGAUAUCAAGAGUUCCCAUAGGUUUGCACGUGUUCUUCCUCCCAGAAAGGAGAAUUACAAUGAGGAUCAUACGCACGUGGAGGAGGUGGCUGAGAAGGAGGAAGGGUUGGAUGACAGGAAGAGCACAGUGCCUCCGAAGGCCACGCAGACACUACAAGCCAAUGAAGUGGUCAAUGAGGUCCUUGUUUCAAGAACCGAGGAGUCUAAUGCCCCAGGGGAAGCCAGCAGUAGGACUGUAAGGAAGCCUAAGGAGGCAGCAGUGAAGCCUCAAAAGCCGUCUCCCCCAGUGCAGAGAAGGAGACGGAAACCAAAGCCAAAACCGGACACACCCAGUAAAGCUCAGAACCAAGAGAACACGUUUCCAUGUAAAAAAUGUGGCAGGGUCUUCUACAAGGUGAAAAGCCGCAGUGCUCACAUGAAGAGCCACGCAGAACAGGAGAAGAAGGCAGCAGCAUUGAAACAGCGAGAGAAAGAGGAGGCAGCGGCGGCGGCGGCAGCAGCGCAGCGGGAGGAGACCAGUGACGAGGGGAGCAGCAGCAGUGACAGCAGUGGCAGUGGCAGCUCGGAUGAGGAUGGGGAGAUUUAGCCAUAGCCCAGGGGAAGUCGAGGGAGUAGCAAGGCUGGACCCCACCUCUCUCUCGGUGUGUUUGCCUCCAUUCCUGCACUUUCCUUAUCUGGACUGAGUUAUACUAAGCUUCUGUCCAUUGCUGCCAUUUCCUCAUCCCACAUUCUGCACCUCACCCUGCCAGUAUAGACUGAGCCAAAUCAGUGGAUAAAGAAAUUUGUGUGAACUUGGAUAUUCUUUUUUACAAAACAGAUUUCUAUUUUAUUUAUAAAGGCACCUGAGGUACGUAAUAGAACAAUGUCAUCAGGAGUGGAAUUCAGUUCUCCUGCGGAUCAGUCAGGGCUUUCUCCUUGUACUUGCCAAGAAUCAUGGCACUGAGACUCUUGAGUAUAAAGGCUUCCAGACCUGAGCAAGAAAAAGAUGCUCUGCCCUGAGACUGUCUGCAUCUAGUUACUGUGACACCAGUGUUUUGUAGUGAUUUCCUUCCAUAGAAAAUUGCCUGUCACUGCCCUUCCCACUUUCCUCUCCGAGAGCUAUCCAGGCUCUUAGCAACUUCUGUGGAAAUAUGAGACAUACCCUGGGUCACUGUAUGACGGAAGUGUGAGGGGAAGGGGUGAAGAACAAUUCACCCCACCCCUCUCCUCUGAGAAGAGAUUUCUAUUUUCCUGUAGCAAGGGGAUGCCUGAUAUUUCCUGUGUCAUUGAGAGUUCAGUAGAGGACACAUAGCAUCCUGUGAGAUAAGAGUAGCCACAAACCUAAAAGAUCUGGCCACACUGUGUACAGGAAGCGAAGUAGUUAUUGGGUCACUUUUAGAAGAAUUUGCCCCCUCACAAGUGCAAUUUGAAAGGCCUCUAACAAUCACAUCUGGCUUUAACUCAUUGCAAAAGGGAGCAAGGUUGUUAAUGAGACUUGACCCAAGAGACAGCUUUUGCAAUGUGCACACCUCACAGAGAUGGGAAGGGUGGACUUGGUUCUCUUUCCUAGGCUUCUUUAUUCCCUUCCACAAAGGGCCGUUAUGCAGGAGGAUGCCCAUUUUCCCUUUACCCAUCCCUUUAAAUGGCCACCUACAAGAGUUGCACUGAAGAAGCUGUGUGUCCUUCCA